AGGGUGAGGCAAGGUGCCUCGACGCCUCGCGGCGGCGGCGCCGCCUCCCUCAGCGCCUCACGGAGCCGUCCUCCUGCCCCGUGAAUGGCUGCCGGGUGACUGACAGGCGAGGCGGCCACACAGGGCGGCAGCUGCCUGGGCUACACCUAUAAGGGCCGGCGGGGAAGGGGCGCCGGGCGGUGCGGGGCCGACCGGUGAGCAGCCUCCCGCAGCUGGGGGCGGGGGUCGUCGUUCGGAGAGCCGCCCGCCCGGCUCCUCGGCAGCAGCCCCGCCCGCCGAGCCCCGCAGCAAGUGGCAGUCCCGCGCCGCGGGGCCCCUCCCCGGCAGCGGCGCCCGAAGGAUGCGGAGCGGCGGAGCGCGGGCGGCGGCGGCGGCGGGGCGCUGCGGGGGGACCCGCCGCUGCGCCGGGCGCGGGCGCCGCCGCCCCUGCGGGCUGCGCCGGGCAGCAGCUCAUUGAGCGCGGUGGCCGUGGCGGGAGAAGGCGCGCAAGCGGGCUCGCUGCGGCCGCUGCCGUCGCCGGAGGGGGCGGCGAGCCGCUCCGGGCCGGCGGCAGGGCUGCGCGGCGCCCGGCGCUGGGGAGGGCGCGGGCGGCGCCGCCACAGGUGACUCGCGGGCCGGGGACCGCUUUCCGUCCCGCUGCUGCUCGGCCGCCUCUGCGCGUCCGCGCCCCUGCGCCGCGGCCGCCUGCGCGGAGCCCGUCCUCAGCCGCUUCGCCGUGCCUGCGCGACCGGCAGCGCCAGGGGACAUGGCUUUGCUCCGGCUCCUUCUCCUCCUGCUCCUUGCCCAGCGGGGGCUCGGGGCUGCCGCCAGCCAAGGGCAGGCGGCCCUCGACCGGGCGCUCAGAGGGAGGCAGCCUAUUUUCAGCCACAUGAAGAGCCGGGAGCAUCCGCCAGCCCCGCGGAGCCGCUCUACGGAGAGCACCAUCUUGGCGCAGCGGCUCGCCGAGGAGGUGCCCCAGGACGUGGCCUCGUUCCUCUACACGGGCGACUCCCGGGAGCUGCGGCGCGCCAACUGCUCCGGGCGGUACGAGCUGGCCAGCCUCGCCGGGAAGUCGCGCUUCACCUCGCACCCGUCCCUGCACGGGGCACUGGACACCCUCACCCACGCCACCAACUUCCUCAACAUGAUCCUCCAGAGCAAUAAGUCGCGGGAGCAGAACUUGCAGGAGGACCUGGAGUGGUACCGCGCCUUGAUCAGGAGCCUCCUGGAGGGGGACCCCAACAUCUCCAGGGCAGCUAUCACUUUCAGCACGGAGCCUUUCUCCGCCACCCCCCAGGUGUUCCUCCAGGCCAGCAGGCACGAGAGCCAGGUCCUCCUGCAGGACUUGUCCUCCUCGGCUCACCGCCUGGCCAACACCUCUGUGGAAACAGAGUGGUUCCACGGCUUGAGGCGCAAGUGGAGGCCACAUCUGCACAGAAAGGUCUUAAACACGGGCCCCAAAACUUUGGAGAACAGCUGGAAGAGGCGGGAGAGCUUCACCGCUGAUAAGAACCACAUCAGGUGGUCCUCGCCUUACCUGGAGUGUGAGAAUGGGAAUUACAAACCCGGCUGGCUAGUGACUCUCUCGGCAGCUUUCUAUGGGCUGCGUCCGAACCUCCUCCCCGAGUUCAGAGGUGUUGUCAAAGUUGACAUCAAUCUGCAGAAGGUGGACAUUGACCAGUGUUCAAGUGAGGGGUGGUUCUCGGGGACACACAGGUGUCAUCUCAACAAUUCUGAGUGUAUGCCAAUUAAAGGCCUUGGAUUUGUGCUCGGAGCCUACAAAUGUAUUUGCAAGGCUGGAUUCUAUCAUCCCAAUAUCUUCUCAGUGAACAGCUUUCAGAGAAAGGAUGCAGAAAAUCGCUUUUCUGGUGGUGAAGUAUCAGAGGAAGUCUACACCUGCCUACCCUGCAGGGAAGGAUGUUCUUACUGUACAGACGAUACUCCCUGCUAUGCACAGGAAGACAAAUAUUUACGGCUGGCUAUCAUCUCAUUCCAAACGCUCUGUAUGCUGCUGGACUUCAUAAGCAUGCUGGUAGUCUACCAUUUUCGCAAGGCAAAGAGUAUCAGGGCUUCAGGGCUGGUGCUGUUGGAAACUAUUCUUUUUGGAUCACUUCUUCUGUACUUCCCAGUUGUCAUUUUGUAUUUUGAGCCAAGUGUAUUUCGCUGUGUUCUCCUAAGAUGGGUUCGUCUUCUGGGCUUUGCUACUGUUUAUGGAACUGUGACGCUCAAGCUGCACAGGGUUUUGAAAGUGUUCCUGUCCCGAACUGCCCAGCGCAUUCCAUACAUGACAGGCGGGCGAGUAAUGAGGAUGCUGGCUGUUAUUCUCCUGAUAGUCUUCUGGUUUCUUGUUGGCUGGACUUCUGCAAUAACCCAAAAUUUGGAGAGAAACAUUCCACUCAUUGGCCAAGGGCAAACAUCUGACCACCUGAUCUUCAAUAUGUGCCUCAUAGACCGCUGGGAUUACAUGAUGGCUGUUGCUGAAUUUUUAUUCCUCUUGUGGGGUGUUUAUCUCUGCUAUGCAGUGCGGACAGUCCCAUCAGCAUUUCAUGAGCCACGUUAUAUGGCUGUUGCAGUUCACAAUGAGCUCAUUAUCUCUGCUAUAUUCCAUACAAUUAGAUUCAUUCUUGCUUCAAGACUUCAGUCUGACUGGAUGCUGAUGCUGUUCUUUGCACACACACACCUGACUGUGACAGUCACUGUUGGGCUACUUCUGAUCCCUAAGUUUUCACAUUCAAGCAAUAACCCAAGAGAUGAUAUAGCUACAGAAGCUUAUGAAGAUGAGCUUGAUAUGGGUCGAUCUGGAUCCUAUCUGAACAGCAGUAUCAAUUCAGCAUGGAGUGAACAUAGUUUGGAUCCUGAAGAUAUUCGGGAUGAGUUGAAGAAACUAUAUGCCCAGCUUGAAAUCUAUAAAAGGAAAAAGAUGAUUGCUAAUAACCCACAUCUCCAGAAAAAAAGGUGCUCUAAAAAGGGCUUGGGGCGCUCAAUAAUGCGACGCAUUACAGAAAUCCCUGAGACGGUCACCAGGCAGUGCUCAAGGGAUGAGAAGGACCUGAUGGAGCACAGUGCUGUGAAAAACAUGGCCACACUGAGGAAAAACCCACAGGACUCCACGAGUUCUGCAAAGCCAAAAGAAGAGACUUCAAAAAACAGAGUCUUUUCAUUAAAAAAGUCCCACAGCACUUAUGAUCAUGUUAGGGAUCAAACAGAAGAACCUAAUAGCUUAACUACAGAAAGCACAGAAGUUAUAGCUGCUGAGAAUUCACUUCUGGAUUCCAUGAACGGUAACAAAUUAACCAAAAAUGCUCCAGAAAAAGUUGAAGCUGUCUCCACUGAAUCAGUCCCUUUGGUGUGCAAAUCAGUAAGUGCACAUAAUUUAAGUGCCGAUAAGAAGCCUCUGCAUCCAAGAACAUCUGUGUUACAAAAAUCCCUCAGUGUUAUUGCUAGUGCCAAGGAAAAGACUCUGGGACUAACAGGUAAAACACAAAGUCUAGAAGAAAGCACUAAGUCUCAUAAAUCUCAGCAGAAGGGUAAGGAGACCAGCAAAAAGCACUCGGCCUCUGAUAAAGGGGAGCAUAAGGAUUCCCACCGGAAGAACUCUACCCAGUCUGAGGAAACAAAGAAAAUCCAUAAAUCUGGAAUUAUGAAACAGCAAAGGGUUAGUCAAAUACCUGCAAAUCCAGACACAGGCCCAGGUAAGUUUCUGCACAAGGACAAUUUUGACAUAGGAGAAGUUUGUCCUUGGGAGAUAUAUGACCAAACUCCUGGUCCUGUGCCCUCUGACUCUAAAGUUCAAAAACAUGUGUCUAUUGCUUCCUCAGAGCCAGAGAAAAACCACCCUUCCCAGCCAAAGGGGAAGUCUCAUCAUAAGAUGAAGACACCUGAAGGGUACCAACAAUCAAAUCAAAAGAGCUCAGAGAAGGUGGAGGCAGCCGCUCGGGAGACACAGGAGCAGCAGGUCUUUGAAAAUGAGAAAAAACAGUUGAAUUCUAAGUCUCAGGUUUCCCCUGGGCUGAAGCACGAGAAUGUUAACAGAUAUGCACCUAAUACCUGUGUUGCAGAGCAGGAGGAGCUACUCCAGAAAGCAGUAGAAAAGGAAAACCUCAGUAAGUUGGCAGAACAGAGAAAAAAUGCCUCUUCCGAGGGAAAUGUGCUUUCAUCUGACUCCCAUAAGCCAAGUAGUUACUUACAGCAACCUUUAGCAUCUCGAGCUGAAGUCUGCCCCUGGGAGUAUGAUACACCAGAUUUACCAAAUGCAGAAAGAAGUGUAGCUUUAUCGAACACCUCUGCUAUAAGUGCAAAUAAAACAGCAACACCUCGAAAAUAAGAGGCUUUUGGACUGAGGAGAGUAGCAACAUUGAGAAGAAAGACAACAGGAAAGACAGAGGGGACUUAGGCCAGAAGGAUCUGAAAAUUCCUAAGGAGCAUCACUUAAAUCAAGGGAAUCAGCACUACAAAUAAGUAGGAGUUAAGCAAAGUAAAUUAUCAUUAAUGUUGUUAUUAUUUAUUUGUUGAGUGCCAACAAUGUGAUUAGCAGUGCCCAGAAUAUGGUCCCUGCUCCAAGGAUUUUACUGUGUCAAUGAAAGAAACCUGCCUUUGUGAAAUCACUUCUCUUUUAAAAGAAAAAAAAUACGGUGGUAACAAACACACAGUGUGGAUCUUAACCGAAUUAUUUCUGAAUGCCACAACUGGCUUUAACUUGCCCUUGGGACUUUAAAGAUCCAGCAAAAGUAGGGCACAGAAAAUGUCCUGAUGGCAAAAGGGGUAUCAAUGAGCAGCUUAUUAAAAUGACGACUUUUCACUAACAUAUUUAAUCUAGAUAGCACUGCUAACUCAAUGCAUCCCAAAAAUACAUUUUAUAUAAUGAUUGCUCUCAUUUUCUUAUUACUGUGUGUUUAAGUAUAUUGUUGUGUCUCAUAUUAAAGCAUUCCAGAUUGUAUAAUUUUUGCAAAUAACUUUGAUAUUAUGUGACACAACAACACAUUUAUGCAAUCUGCAGAUACUUUCUUCUAAUUGCAAGUUAAAAUACCUGCUGUAGACUUUUUUGUUUAUAUAUAGAAUUGCAGUAAUCUUUCACUGGCUAUGAAAGCUGUAAUUCAUACUGGGAAAUUCCUUUGGGCUCUGGAGGUUAUUUUUUUUUCCUUUCCUGUGAUUUAUAUAGUGAAUUUUUUUGUUUACUCUCUGUUAUUUAAAUUUAUAGUUUGAUACAGUAUUAUUCAGGGGUUUUAUACGCAGUAAGUUACUUGUUAUGCACUUCCCUGUUAAUGCUCAUAGACUUUGUUAAUAGUGGAAAUUCAGUCGUCUUAGCUGCAUAUUCUGGUAAGUCUUAGGACAACUUAUCUGUUGUUUGUUACUAAUUGGAAACUAUCACCUAACAAAACAGAAUUCUUACUUUAAGCAUCCAUGGUGAUGACCUUGUUUGGUAUUUCAUACUGAGCAUAUACUGCUAAAUAAGACAAGCAAGAAUGACAACAACUAUACCCCAGAAAUGAUCACCUGUUUUACUAAAACCUGACAACUCUGGGAAAUAUAAUAGCUAGCUCAUGUAGAACAACAGUGUACUGUUUAUCCCUGUUGGUAAAACUCAAAAAAUUGGCCUUUGGAGUGAGAAGUCCAAAAUAUUACUCUUCUCCCAUAUAUGUAAUUGUAAGAGAUAGUGGGAAUGGAAAUUAUGGCAUCUCUCCCCCACUCUCCAAAAUGCUUUGGGUUUUUUUAAAUUUAUUUAGACAUACGUUUACAGUAAGUUAGUGUUUAAUACAGUGCUAAUUUUCAGUAAUAGCUACAGUCCUCAUCAUGCAUAUGAGUUUAAUUCAUAGAUGGCCCAUUCGCAACUAUGAGUCUUAGUGAUGGUAUACUAUCAGGGCCUGAGGACAUAUUGUAAAGAUUCUGAAGAGUAUCACUAAUAAUAAAAAGCCCUCACUCAUCUAAAUGCAGUACCAGUAAAGUGCUAUUCAGUAGAAUUGGCUAUACAUACAGUACUCCAAAACAAAGACAGCUCAGUCCUGAAGAACUUGUGCAAUUUGAGAGAAGUGAUGGGAUUCAAUGGAAGAACAUGAAAUUAGGAUGAUUGAAUAGAAUGUGUUGUUUAAUAUAUAUAUAAUAUAUAUAAAAAUAGAUAUUUAUAUAUGUUUAAUAUAUAUAAAAUGUCAUAUCUAAUACACACAUGCACAUACAUGUAUGUAGUAUAAACUGAUUUUUGUGGCAUCAUAUUAAAAGUGGCUUAAGAUAAAAUCCAGUGAGCAGAGGGACUUAGACAAGCUGGGCAUGAGGAGGACUUUUUUGUCCUUUAAAAAGGACAGGAGACUAUGGGCACAUCUACACUGAAAGAUCAAGAUGGAUCUGAUCUUCCUCUGAUAAGCCCUAACCUGGUAUGUGCUGACACCUGAGCCAGCUAGGGACAAGUCAGUUCAGGUCUCAGUGCUGUCUAAACACAUUGGCCUCGCUCAUAAAUUCUGCUCAUUAGCUCCAGAUUUAAGUGGCUGAACUACCCCAAACAACUUGGUUAGCCUUGACGGUGCUCAGUUCCACCAUGGGGACAUGCUGACUUAGGUCUUUGCUACCCUGGGCUUGUCUAAAUCUCCCACCCCUCCUUUGUAGGGUGUAGUUACGGCAUAGGACAUCUGGUCUUUGCCUUCAACAGACAUCAUCUGGCCCAGAGUCCCUGUUCACCUGUGAAAGGGAGUCAGGCACCUGAGUCUGGGUGCUUUGGACAUCUGUGCACCCACAUUGCACAUACAGUGCCAGUGGGAUCCCACAUGCAGCCCAAAUCCAGAUCUCUGCUUAUGUGGAAAUGAGCUGAGGUUAGACCUGGUGUGCCCAGAUUCUCCCUUCCCAGUCCCAGACACUCACAGGAUUUGGCAGUAACUUUUCCAUCAACUUCAGUGAGAUUUGAUCAGCUCUUCAGAGAGAAAGUAACCCUAAAUUUCCCUGCAUGGGAAGAAGUCCAUCCCGGGAACAUAGCUUUCUGGGAGUCGUCCAGGAGCACACUGACCCUGCGUGCAGAGAUGCACAACUUUAAACCUGCUGAGUAUGGUGACCACCUCAUGCCUGUCCUACCCCUGAAGGGAGGUUCUGCAGCCCAUCUCAGCAGUGGUUUGUGUGAAUGAGGUGGGGGGGACAGCUUAUGGCAGGUUGCCCUGGGAGUCAGUGCUUUGUUAGAGCCAGGCGCUGCAGUUAGAAGUGGGCAUCCAUGGAGCUAUCAUGAAAGGAGAUGUUUGCAUACACUGACUGCCUCAGAGACAUGUGGUCACAAGAAGCAGGUGCCAGCCUUGGCGCCCUCACUUGUCUUGCCCUCCGUCCUUUACCUCAGGGCUGAGCAAGGACAUGCUGCCCCCGCGCUGCAGCAGUCGUGUUGGGAUGCAACAUGCACCAAGGAUGAGGGGAUCCACACUGGCAAAGCAUCCACACAGUAGCACUGCCCCUUGCAUGGCUGGCAGGAUCAAGCCCUUAGUGCAUGACUGUGUCUGUGGCACCACUACCUACCUACUAUUCCUUGCUCGUCUUCUUUUCCAUUUCUUUCUUUUUUAAAUUAUAACCUCAUUAGAAACUUAUAAACAAAGCCCAUUCCUUGGCUGGUGUAAAACAGCCCAGCUGCAUGGCAAGCAAAAGAAUGAUGGCUGAUUUACCAGGGGAGGCACUGGCUUGUGUAUUCAUGUUUGGUUUUGUUUUCUUUCAUCCGGACCCUUUCCCUCACUUCUUAAGAAAUGUCUGUUACGGUUCUUUAGGCUUGUUGUAGUCACAUCUCCUAAGACUGAUACAAUUGGAGAACAUCCCUUUAGAAAGCUACAAAGCUUUCCCCAUUUUAUUUAGCAAAUUAUAUUUGGGCUACAGAUUCAAUUGGGACUUUAAAUUAUUUUGCACUGAAGAAAAUGAGAGGCCAAACUUCACUCAACUAUUCUAUUUCACUAUGAUGCUGCUAGAAACAUUGCUUAAUGAAGACAUACUAAGUUAGACAUAAAUAAUGUUCUGUAUUUCAUAGAUUUUUCUCCACCAGCAUAUAUUGGCUAGAUUGCUUAGUUGUCUUUUUCUGGAGUUUCAUUGUCAUUAUUCAGCCAAGAGAAGUGCAACUCUAGAAUUAAGAUGUUUUCUAGCAGAUCUGUUAAGAGAAAAGAUAAUAAACACUAAGGUCACAAACAUUUGCUAGGUUGUCCUUUUAAAUGCAUGUGCAAGCUGCAUUUCUCCUUUAUUUCUAAGCCAUCGUUUAUAAAUAAUUAGAUUUAUACCAAUCUUAUUAGACUUGUAUAAUUUAUGCAAGAUUAUAUGCUUUAAAAUAUAAAUCAGUACACACCUAUCAUCAGCUUUGGUGGCAUCAUAGACCUGAAACUGGACAAUACUUUUAUAUUUGCUCUCCUUAGGCUUUUGCAUGCGUAUGACAACAGGCAGGCCUGAGAAAACACUGCCUUUUGACUUUUAAUAUUUUAGCUACUCCAAGUUGUAGAGUAUAUAAAGCUGUAAGUCUCUUCACUUUAUAAUGUGGUUCUUAUAACAAUGUUAUCUGGCAACCAACAGCAUCCACCAUGAAAUACUUGAUAGAUUUAUGUUGUAAUGUGUUGCAGCAUGUAAAUAAUGUAACUUCUCUGCAAUAAAGCACAUUUAUAUGAAA